AUGCAGAUUCUAAAAUUAUGCCUUGCGGUAGCCACCGCUGUUCACGUCCACGGGUUGAUUCAAGAUGUACCCAGUCUAAACGGGCCGGUAAUGAUGGUCCCCGACACGCCCGGGUCAAAGAAUAGAACGAAUCAAUUCCAGCAUCCAGGACUCUGGCAUAGCCACUCUCAGCUCGAGCUUAUGCGAAACAAUGUUCUCAAAGGCGUCGAGCCCUGGGCAUCUGCAUACACCCGUUUUGCCAAGGAUCCCUACUCCGAAGCCUCUUAUGAAAUGCAGGGCCCGUAUCCUGUGAUUAGUCGUGGGCAGAUAAGCAACUAUACCAGUUUUCAUGACGACUCCCGCGCUGCAUACCAGAAUGCUAUAAUGUGGUACAUAACUCGCAACGAAAGCCACUGGAACCGCUCAACCACGAUCCUCGACGCCUGGGGCUCCAACCUCGAGAACAUCAUCGGCACAGACCGAUCCCUUCUAAUCGGCAUCGAAGGCUCCAUUUUCGCCAACGCAGCCGAGAUCAUGCGCUGGGAAGGCGGUUGGGUAGAAGAAGGCGCAACAUACAAAGGCGGCUCCGGCCUGAGCGUCCAGCUUUAUUGGCUGUUCGCUCGACAGAGCAUCAUCAUCGGACAAGCAAACUACGGCAUGGCUAGUAUUAUGGGUCUGCUCAAUUUUGCCGUCUACCUUGACGAUGUGGCUCUGUACAAUUAUGCUCUGUAUGCGUAUAAGUAUGAUCGCUGUGCCGGUUUUCCCUACAAUUAUCUGGCUUCCACGGGCCAGAACUCCGAAGCGGGUCGCGAUCAGACGCAUGUGCAGGAUGCAUUGCAGUGGACGGCACUUGCUGCGAGGGUCGUGGCUAAUCAAGAAUAUGAUUUAUUUGCUUUGGAAAAUAAUCUUAUUUUCACCCCGGCGGAGUAUGCGGGUAAGUACCUCAUGAAUCAGACGGUGCCUUAUGACGCGAGCUUUUAUCGGUGCGAGGUGGUUUUGGUGGAUGGUCCUUGGGCGAAUAUUUCAGCGAUCAAUCGGUAUAUUGGGUAUCAGAAUGGGAAGACGAACCCGGCUGCUUGGGGGUUGAUUUAUUAUGAGGCUUUGGAGAGAGGGAUUGAUGUUCCUUGGACUUCGCGCGUGAAAGAUGUCUAUGAUGCAUCUGUGAAGAGUCAGACCUCGCCGGUUGAUCCGCUCAGUUGGGCGGACUUGCUUUUUGCGGUUGCAGACGAAUAG